AUGCAGCGACGGCGGCGCCUCUCGCCGCCCGCCUCCCGGCUGCGGGAGGACGGCGGGGGCGGCGGCGGCGGCCGCGGGGGUCGCGACGGGAGCGGGGAGGUGGAAGUGCAGUUCUCCGCCGGGCGCCUGGGCUCGGUCGCGGUGGACUCGGUCGCGGUGGACUCGGCGGCGGCGGCGGCGGCGGACACGCGCCCCACGGAGGAGGAGGAAGAGAGGCUGGAGCGCGAGCACUUCUGGAAGAUCAUCAAUGCCUUCCGCUACUACGGCACCAGUAUGCAUGAGCGAGUGAACCGAACAGAAAGACAAUUUCGAUCACUUCCAGCUAAUCAACAGAAACUCCUUCCUCAGUUUCUUCUCCACUUGGACAAGAUCCGGAAAUGCAUUGAUCAUAAUCAAGAAAUACUACUGACCAUUGUGAAUGAUUGCAUAACUAUGUUUGAAAAUAAAGCAUAUGGAGAAAAUGGGAAUGGGAAGAUUAUGCCAGCAUCUACAUUUGACAUGGAUAAGUUAAAAUCCACAUUGAAACAGUUUGUGAGAGACUGGUGUGAAAGUGGAAAAGCAGAAAGGGAUGCCUGCUACCAGCCAAUCAUUAAAGAAAUUUUAAAAAGUUUUCCAAAAGAGAGAUGGGAUCCUUCUAAAGUAAAUAUUCUGGUACCUGGUGCUGGACUAGGAAGACUGGCCUGGGAAAUAGCUAUGCUAGGUUAUGCUUGUCAAGGAAAUGAAUGGAGUUUUUUUAUGCUCUUUUCUUCCAACUUUAUACUCAACAGAUGUUCUGAAAUUAACAAAUAUAAGCUUUAUCCCUGGAUCCAUCAGUUUAGCAAUAACCGGAGGUCAGCUGAUCAGAUUCGACCCAUCUUUUUCCCUGAUGUUGACCCCCAUAGUCUUCCUCCUGGUUCUAAUUUUUCUAUGACAGCAGGAGAUUUUCAGGAGAUAUACUCAGAAUGCAAUGCCUGGGACUGUAUUGCUACCUGUUUCUUCAUAGACACAGCUCACAAUGUAAUUGAUUAUAUUGACACAAUAUGGAAAAUACUCAAGCCAGGUGGAAUUUGGAUAAAUCUAGGUCCUCUCCUCUACCACUUUGAAAAUUUGGCAAAUGAACUUUCCAUAGAAUUGAGCUAUGAGGAUCUAAAAAAUGUUGUUCUGCAGUAUGGAUUCCAGCUAGAGGUGGAAAAAGAAUCUGUCUUGUCAACAUACACUGUGAAUGACCUCUCCAUGAUGAAAUACUACUAUGAAUGUGUCUUGUUUGUGGUCCGUAAACCACAAUAA